CACACCGAACGCCCUCUUAGGCCCCUCCUCCAGAGCACUCCUGUGAACCCCACUAUAGAGCUCCCCUUAUGGACCCUCCCCUCCAUUGCUCUCCCCCUCCCCCAGUCUGUGUCCUAUGUACCUAUAUGCUUCCAUCACCCCACACUCCCUCUCCCCUAUAGCCCCCAUACUCUGUUCCCUAUAAGCCCUCAUACUCCCCGUCCCCUAUAGCUCCCCUAUAUCGGCCAUCACUGUAGCUGCCUAUAGAUCCCUCAUACCCGCAAUUUCCCCUCAGAUCUUAUAGAUCCUUUAUAAGCUUCCCCCACAGCUUUCCCCUGUGUCCCCCCAGGCUCUAUAUAUCUCCUAAAGCCACCACAGACCCCAUCCAAUGUCCCCCAGGGCGCCGUCCAGGUCAGCGAGCACUGCAAGAGAUCCGCAUGUACCAGAGCAGUACCCGCCUGCUUCUGCGCCCCGGCCCCUUUGCCCGUGUGGUGCGGGAGCUCUGCCUACUCUUCACCCGCGGGGUUGAUUACCGCUGGCAGCGUAUGGCCCUGCUGGCGCUGCAGGAGGCAGCAGAGGCCUUCAUCGUGCGGCUGCUGGAAGACGCGUACCUGUGCUCACUGCACGCCCGUCGAGUCACCCUGUUCCCCAAAGAUCUGCAGCUGGCCCGGCGCCUGCGGGGAGUGGAGGGGGGUGGCAUCUGAAUGGAGACCCCCCUGAGCCCUUGCACAGAGGUUUAACCCCCCAGACCCCUGUACCAGGAUUCCCACCCUAGGACUCUCUCCUGACAAUCUCACACCUCUAAUCUUACUGGGAUCUCCUUUGGGACCAUCAUGCUUGGAUCCACCCCCAUGGGGUCUCCCAAGCUGAGGCCCCGUCCUGACAUGCCUCAUCAGAUUUGGGAUCCACCCCCCCAGGAACUGCCACGUGGACCCACCCCACAGACUCCCCCCUAUUGGACCCCCACCUCAGGAUACCCAACAACCCCUUCCAGGAUCCAUCCCAGGGUGGAGGUUUCCUUCCUUAGUCCAGCAUCCCCCAGAUUAUUGAGGACCUCUACCCAUGAUCCCCUGGUACCUCCUCACCACAAUACUAGUUCCAGGGGAACCUACCCAGGACCUCCACCAUACUGGAGACCCAGUUCUGCUGCACCCCAAUAAAUGAAUAAAUGUUUGUGACCCCUA